CGAAUAACAAUACCUGGAACGGCACGAGAUUCAACUAUGGCCCCAAUUACCAACAGAAUAACACGGACAACAGUGUCGACAAUAGCGUUAGAAACGACAACCGCAUCCAUAACGACAAUAGCGUGAAAAUGGGCGACAACUCCACAUACGACAACAGCGUAAGAAACGACAAUAGCGUGAGAAACGACAAUAGAAUCGACAACAGAGUCGACAACAGAGCCGACAACAGAAUCGACAACAGAGCCGACAACAGAAUCGACAACAGAGCCGACAACAGAAUCGACAACAGAGCCGACAAUAGAGUCGAGAACAGAGCCGACAACAGAGUCGAGAAUAGAGCCGACAACAGAGUCGAGAACAGAGCCGACAACAGAGUCGAGAAUAGAGCCGACAACAGAGUCGAGAACAGAGCCGACAACAGAGUCGAGAACAGAGCCGACAACAGAGUCGAGAACAGGGCCGACAACAGAGUCGAUAACAACGGCGGAACCUUUACCAACAAAAAUAUCGGCAGCAACGCUACUAUGGGUAAUCAGGGUGCUGGUAAUGUAAGUUCUUAGUAACCCUUCCUUUGGGGUCCUAAGGAACUAAUUGUUUCUUUAGUUUUCGAUUGCUAUGUAACAGACUAACAUGGCCGGGGGAUUUUAAAGGGGUUUUCUUCUUCUGGGGGGAUGAAGCUCUGCGGAUCUUUUGCGGUCGCUUGUUUUGCUUGGUUUCUGGUUGCUUUUCUCGCUUGGCUUCUGGUAGUGCGGUAGAUUCGAAUUGUUCACCUUCUCGCUCUUUUCUAUCCUCCUCUCGUCCUCCUAAAUAUUUCUCUACUGGUGCGCCCUCGUGUCAAAUUUUGUCUGGUGUGGUUUGUUUUGGUUUGUUUUGGUUCGGUUUGGGUCUCCUGUUUGGUUUCUUUUUCUUUUGGGGGGGGGGAUGAAUUUCAAAGAUCAAUCUAUCUGCGGCUCUCGUCUGGUUCACCUCGUCGAGUGAUAUUUAAUGACCGCCCGAGUAUGAGAUUAUAGAAUGAUCGGGCAGCGGGUCGAGCCACUCGCUAAGGAUUGCUAGAUUUCUUCUUAUUUUUCGCCUCAAGUGCUACCCCCUCACCUGUUUACCCCCUGCUCGAAAGGACUGAACCACAAGCUGCGAUGAGGUGGGGUGCCGAAGGAUUUGGAAUGAGCGUCUUGGAGCGGAUGAGUCAGAGUGCGAAACUCCCGUCAUUUGCUAAACACACGGAAGGCCUGACUGUCCGGGAGGGGGGGGGCUGAGGGGUAUCAUGAUACUCGAAGAGGAAGCGGAUUAGGUUUCGCCCCAAAGCCUACUGUACUUGUACCUAACCUUCUCUAACAAGUCUCGAUUACAUAAGCCACAAGUUGAGGCUCCGAUCUUAUCGGUAGCAAACUAAAAUUGCCCUCCCUAGAUUUAACCGAUCUCGAGCACGAGGGGGGCGGGAGAGAAAAAAAAAAAAACAUUCCACAUGCAAUCAUAUCUGCUCCCCACUAUCAAUUCAUCUCUAAUCCCUGGGAAGGGUAUCCACACUUGACAAUGUUUCUAUCUCGGUUCUUGCCACCGGUCAAUCGUGCGAUGCGCACGCUGGAUCGUGCCUUUUUCAAAAAGAUUGUCCCGGUCACUGCCGCGCGGGUGCUCGACGCUACUCAGGUCCACACGAUCAAGGAGAGGAUUCUGAGGGAUCUGAUCCCCUACGAGAGGUUCAACCUGAGAUACGACUUUAAUUCGAAACUCGAUACCGAAACCCCGCUGCUCAUUCUACGGCCCGACGUGAAAUACGAUGGUAUGGACGCCUAUUGUGACUUCUAAUCUCCGGAGGGAUGUGGUUUUUGUUAAUGGGGCGUAUUUUUUGGGGGGGCAGAUCUCUCGGCUGUUUCGGGUCCCACGCGGGAGUAUGUGAAUUCGAAGAUACUCCGGUUGGUGCCCUAUGAUCUGAAACUGGAGUACGGAGAUUGGAGUUAUGGUACGGGCCUCUCCCCCGUUUCCCCUGACGGAAGUUGGCCGUCCGCUAAUGUAGUGUGGUCUCUAGAGGAGAUUAUGAGGGCUGUGCUUCCCGAAGAUGCCAACCCCCCGGAUAUCAAUAGCCUUCCUCGAAUUGGUCCAUUGAUGCACCUGGAUGUCCCCGGCUCCCUACUGGAGUAUAGAGGACUUAUUGCAGAGGUUAUUUGUGACAAAGAGAGGGAGGUGCAGACGGUUUUUGGUGAACCUGAGGAGGGAGGAGAAGCGUCAAAACUUGGGUUCGUAAACGAAGUCCUAGCAGGUCCUCAGAAUUACCACGUAGAGCUCAACCACCAGGGCUCCAGUUUCACUUUUCACCUCGAUGAUGCCAAGUUCCGUGAUGCUCAUUUUGACACGAAGCUGGCGGCUGAGCGGAAUCGUCUUGUGGAUAGUUUUGGGUUGGGACAGGCUGUUGCCGAUGUUUAUUGUGGUGUUGGUGCGCUAAGUGUGGCUGCUGCAAAGCGAGGGGCGGUUGUUUUCGCCAAUGCGCGAGAAGAGAGUGUUUAUAACUUGCUCAUUGAGAAUCGAAGAAACAACAAGGUGAAUUGCUUAGGCUUUGCUCAUCUCUCUUUUUGCUUGGUUUUAGUGGAUAUUGGAGCUCACGCUCUGAGCACUGUUAGGUCAAGAAAAACAUCUACGUUAAGAACCAGAAUCCAGUGAAGUUCGUCCAGCAGCUUGUCAAAAGGCUUUUCGAGAAAACGGUGGACCAUAAGCCGCACAAAAAGAGCAAGCUUGGAGUGACUAUGAAAAAUCCUCUCAAGAAGGGUGAUAGGAAACUUCCUUCUUGGGUUUCUCAUUUCGUCUUCAGCGACCCUGACCAAUCCCUUAGCCAUCUUGCGUGUCUUAGAGGCAUAUACAAGAAUCGGGAGAGACUCUUGGCGAAGAAGGGAAAUUUCUGGAAAAUAGAUUUUCCGUCUGUUCACGUCUAUGCCUACCACGAAGCUCCAGCAGAAAGAAAGGCGGAUGCGAUAACCGGUCUUCGUAAGGCCAUCGGCGAGAGGAUUGGCUACGACCUGGGACGGGAAUUUGUCCGAGGGGUGCACUUUGUUAAGCACGGCUCAACAAACAACCUUUAUUGCAUUUCAUUCAGACUCCCGCCACCGGUGGCAUUCGAUAUUACGGAGGAGGAAUUACAUCAAAAGCACCUGGAGAUGAUCGAUCCCGCGGCCUCGGCGGCAGCAGCGAAACCCAAUAGUGAUAGUUUGGAACGGAGAAAGAUACGAGUGAGCCGAACAUAUCUACCUUCCGGAGACUCGGAAAUCAACCAAUAUGGGUCGCCCGAAAGGCCACCGCUACCAGUGGGGGAUAGAGAGGAGAAAGUUUCACUACCUACACCCUCUUCUGCAGCACCUACUCAAACAGCACCAUCUUCGGCAACAUCGACCAGUAAUAUAGCCCCGGAGAAACCCCUAGCAUAUACUCCAUUGAGAAGCUUUCAACCCCGUGAUGCCGGAUUAAUGGCUACAAAGCAGCUACGGGAGCUCCCAACAGAUAGGCCCCCAAAGGUUACAUGUCCCCCGAUGGCACCGGAUCGAGGAUGGGUCAAAACCGAAUUUGAACUCGAGAGGGAGUUUGCAAGGAUCUACAAACCACCUAAACGCUUACCCUCGUGGAAACUCAAGGUCCACCGUAAGGAAACGAAGGCAGUUUGGAUGGAGAAGCAAAUCAAAAAUCAGCAGGAGCAAGCUUUUGUAACACAAAGAAGCUUUAAUCAAUCUCACCGAAAUAGUAUUGAGGAAUGGGGCCCUGGGUAUUGGGGCAGCUAUCGAGGUGAGAGGGGGCAUUCAGACAACUCUCCCAUGCAACUAGGAUAUGGCCCUCAUGGAUCUACAGGAUCUGUCGCGGGUAGCGUCGACAGACACCCCGUCUCGCCACAAGCCACUGGGUCUGGGGACGAUGGCCGUGGAAAUAGCGAAGAGACAGGACCGCCUCGUCCAUCCAUUAGAUUCCAUCCCGCAGCCAACAAGGUGCCCAAAGAGGGCCCAAUGAUCCGAUGGCACCAAGUGGAUACUCAUCCGAAGAUGCUCCGGUAAUAGGAGAUGGGCUGGUUGAGGAAGAGGGGGUUGGGUUCAACGUUAGUUUUUUUUUUAAGGCGGUUUUUACGAAGAUUAGGAGGCCUCUCUUGAUUUGCUUUUGUUUCAACCUUUUCACCAUUUGGAUUGUAAUGUACUUUUAUUAUGCAUCUGCAUCUGUGUCUGUAUAUAGACAGGGUCUCAUCCAAUUUCAUUACCGAUGACCCGGAUAUAAAUCCUUGCCCCCCCCCCCCCCAAAAUAAAUAUACUCGGGUAUGAUACCAAACAUCUUAUCCUGUGUGAUAUCAGUAUAACACAAUGCGGUCACGCCAUCUCACUCUGAAUGAAGCAACCCCCCCCUCUGGGCAGUUCUAAUAAAAAAGUAGGCUAUUCGGAAGACUCGAACCAUCCUUAACCCUCCAGAGCGCCCGAUUCGGUAUGUAAGUGUACGAGAGGGUACGAACGAUACCUACCUCACUCAGGUACC